UCAUGUUUCUUGACGACACAUCUUCAAAAGCCUUAAAGAAAUACCUUAGCCACCACUUGGAACCAAUUUGCGAUGCAGAUCCCAAAGUUUUGGCUGACUAUGUCAUUGCUCUUUUAAAGCACGACAAACCUGAUCAGGAUCUAAAACAGCUAUGUAUAGACCAACUUGACGACUUUCUAAGAGGAGAAACCAGACCUUUUGUUGAAAAAUUGUUUGAUGCUUUAGGUUCACAAGAAUAUCUUGGCGAAAGAGUUGCAUUAACUGCGAUUCAAUCACAACAGGAAUCAACCAUAAAUACAGGCGCAUCAUCAACAAAUAAUUCAGUUGUUGAAGGUAAAUCAACAAAAUCCCAAGAGUUGACAUCAGAAAAGGCUGAUAGUCAACCCUCAAAGAUGGGGGUCCGGAAAAGAGAAGAUAGCGAAGCUUCAGAUGAUGACGAUGAUAGAAAUUACAAGCACAGAGAGAGAGGCGGCGAGAAUCGAGAUGAUUAUCGUCGGUAUACUGAUCGAUCUUCUAGCUUCGCAAGCCGAGAAGACGAUAGAGACUCAAAAAAUAAGAGGUUUCGUAGUGGUGAAGGUAUUCCCACUGGGCCUGCUUCAGGAGGAUCUCAAUAUAAUAAUAAUUUUCAAGAUGAUCGAACUUUCAAACGGCGUCGUGAUGAAACUGAAGAGGAAUUUCGUUCAAAUAAAAUUCCUCGCAAUAAUUCAUUAGGAACUAGUCAACCUAUAUCGGGAAGUGGAAACGGUUACGUUUCUAAUAAUGGAAUGAGCGGAGGAAACGUUCGACGUUCUGAAUUUGAAAGAGAUAAUAGGAUAAACAGGAACUUUCCUUCUAUAUCAUCCGGUUCUCCGGGUUCAAGCAUAAGUUCUGGUCGGUGGGGUAACGAAUGGGUUAAUAAUGGAAUGAACGCUCCAGUCAAUGAUCGCUUUGAUGAUAGGAGAAUUCGGGGUGGGAGGUUAAGUGAACGUGGAGGAGGUAGAAGUGGUCCCAUGGUUGUUAAUCGUGGUUCUGGAUAUUCUGAUGUUAGGCCUGGGAGACGUCAACGGUGUCGUGAUUAUGAUGAAAAAGGUUAUUGCAUGCGUGGUGACCUUUGCCCCUUUGACCACGGCGUAGAUAGAAUUGUUGUAGAUGACGUUCCAUUGAAUAGACCAUUUGACAUUAUACCUCCAAUGGCUGGUACUCCAUUAACUGGACCAGUUGGUAUAAUGAGUGCUGGCGUUCCUUCGAGGCCACCGUACUUUAUGACCGGUCAAACCUCAAGAUCAAUGACACCAACAGCAGAUGCUUACGAUCCGGAACGUGCUACGUUAUCGCGUCCAGAAGAAUUGAUUUCUGUGAUUGAACCAAAGGAGAAUGACGCAUCACAAACGUCUCCUGAAGCCGCUGUAACCGAAUCAACUCUAUCGUUAUCAUCAGCACAAAACGUUCCACAAUUCUUAGAUUCAAGUGUCAGCAUUUCUACUUCUAGAGGUACUACAUUUAGAGGGCGAGGUCGUUCUCGUGGAAAUCGUGGAGGGUUUAAUGCUAAUAAUAGAUAUGGUACUAGUGCAAAUAAAAAUGCGACAUUGGUGGUUGAGAAUAUACCGAAAGAAUUCUGUACGCUUGAUAAAGUGAAUGAAUUCUUUAAAAAGUUUGGUACUAUUACCAACAUCAACAUUGAUAUUAACUAUAACAAAGCCAUCAUUCAAUUCAGUAAUAGUUCAGAAGCAUAUAAAGCUUAUAAUUCUCCGGAGCCAAUUUUUGAUUAUCGAUUUGUUAAAGUAUAUUGGUAUAAGGAGAAAGAAGAGCCACAAACUUCAACUUCCACAAUACCAAAACCAGUUUCUCCUGUAAAACCAGAUCAUACCAUUGCUCAACCAGAAAUUUCACCUCCAGCUAAUGCAGCUGAAAAGAAAGAGGCUGAAGAAAAGGCUAAAAAACAAAAGGAAAGCCUUAAGGCAAUGCUUGAGAUUCAAAAACAAAGAGAGCAAUUGAUCAAUAGACAGAUUGAAGAACAAAAGAAAUUGAUGGAACUUGCUAAAAAGAAAAAUGUAAACUCCAAAAAUCGGGAAGAAGUUCUUAAAAGUUUGAGCAAAGUUUCUGAAGAUAUUAAGAAAGAUUCGAAUGUACCUGUUCGAAAACCUUCUUUGAGCGGAGCUAUUCAUCCAAAAAGUUUAUUGGAAGAAAAAGAAAGGGAACAGUUAGAUAGAGAACUCGAUAUUCUAAGCAAAAUAAACGAGAAUAGUGCUGCGAAUGAACCUUCAACUUCAGCAGCGUCAUCUGUCGCUAACGCACAAUCCAGUACUGAUACUAAUCUUGAGACGAACACAUCAGCUGCUAGCUUAAUUAGUUUUACCGAUUCUUCUAUUUAUCGUGGACGUGGACGAGCUGUUUUUUAUCGCGGUAGAGCUCGUGGACUUUGGCCUCGAGCCCGUGGUGGAAGUGUUAUGCGUUCCUAUAAACUUGAUAAUAGAACAACGAAACUUUUACUAAAAGAGGUCCCGGCAGAGUCUACUGACAAUCUUCGAAAUUAUUUCCAACAAUUCGGGGAAGUUGAAACCUUUACAGUUGCUGAAGAAGCACGAACAGCAAUGGUACAAUUCAAACAUAGAAAAGAUGCCGAACAGGCACUUGUGAAAGGUUCCAAUAUUCCUGACGUUGGUCAAGUACAAAUGACGUGGCAUACAGAAACAAGUUCUGCUACUCGUCCUUCGGAGGUGACGACGACAAUGACAACGGGCUCUAAUACUGUCGAUAAUAUUGCAGAAGUAGUUAGUGAUAUAACAGAAUCUCAAACAGUCGAUACUGAAUCUGCAUCAGCGUCGCAUAAUGUUACAGCAGAUUUUCAAGCAGAAGAUGAUGAAGAUGAAGAACGAGAGCUGUCGACUAACGGAGGGGUCGUGCAGUCUGAGGAGAGGAGUUCUAAUGAUAGCUACUAUAAUGUUGCUAGUAACGAGAGACCAAAACUUGAAGGAAAGAAAUCUGAUGCCUCUUAUUACAAUCAAAAUAAUAGUUCGACGUCAAGUUUACACAGAAAGAAAAAAGGAUUUGGUAAUAAAAUAAUUGAAAUAAGUAAGCCUACCGAGUUUGAACAUGGAAUUCAUGUAGAGUAUAACACUGAAAGUG